AUGAUUUUGUUUAAAUUUAUUUAUUUUUAUUUUUUCUUCCAGAUAAAAUAUAAUUUUAUUAUUAAUAUGGGUUGGACAAAUUAUCAAAUUUUUUUGGUCGUACUUUUAGUUGUGACUGGAUCAUUUAAUACUCUCAGUACAAAAAUAAAUUCCUUUUUUUAUUAUCGGUGCCGAUGGAACUGUCAAUAUUUUGUUCAUCCAUUUUUUCAAACUGUGAUCAUGUUUUUAGGAGAAAUAUCUUGCUUGUUGGCAUUCAGACUUGUAUACUUAUACUUUAGAUUAAAAGAUAACACACAUGAAACAAGGGAAUUACUUAAAGGAAAUAAAAAUUUUAGCGUUUGGAUAUUUUGUUUGCCAGCCAUGUGUGAUAUUAUAGCAACAUCAGUUAUGAAUAUCGGUUUAACAUUAACAUAUGCAUCAUCAUAUCAAAUGUUAAGAGGAUCUUUGAUUGUUUUUGUCGCUUUAUUAUCUGUCGGUUUUCUACAAAGAAAAAUUCAAUGUAGAGAAUGGAUUGGAAUUGUUAUUGUUAUAAGUGGACUUAUUAUCGUUGGAAUUUCCGAUUUUAUGUUUAAUAAAGACAUUAAUGUUGAUACUAAUAGCGUAAUUACAGUUACAUCAGUUCAAAUUGUUUUAGAAGAACAUUUUGUUAGCGGUAAAGAUAUUCCUCCACUUCAAGCUGUCGGUUGGGAAGGAUGUUUCGGAUUCACCAUUCUCGGAUUUUUACUCAUUCCAUUAUAUUACAUUCAUAUUGGUAAACCUAUAAGUAAUGGUCCCGAGGGAAGAUUGGAAGAUUUGAACGAUACAUUCGUACAAAUCAAAAAUAAUCUCAUGCUUUUAUUUCCAAUAUUAGGAAAUGCUGUUUCCAUAGCUUUUUUUAAUUUUGCUGGAAUUAGUGUAACAAAGGAAAUAUCUGGCACAACUCGAACAGUUUUAGAUAGUGUGAGAACGUUUUUCAUCUGGGGUAUAACUUUAGCACUUGGUUGGCAAUCAUUUUCAGCACUUCAGGUAAAUUAA